CAGCAAAGACAAGUUUGACAACUUUCCAGACAACCGAUCGAUCCAUUGGUUUCAUGUAAAUCACAUGAUGUGAUCCAUCACUUACAGCCACAUCAACAUUACAACUCUUAGAAGACAUGGUCUGCAUAUCACAUACACUGACACCACUUGUCUUCUUACUGCUGAUCACAUCCCAAGUCGACAGCAGUACUGUUCUCUUGGAUUCCAUAACUUUCGAUAAGAUUAUCGCCAAAUUCAAGACUGCUGUCAUCAAGUUUGACAUUCCAUAUCCUUAUGGAGAAAAACACGAAGAGUUCCAGAAAGUGGCAAAAUUGGCCACAAAUAGUGAUCUUUUGAUGGCUGAAGUGGGUGUCAAUGAAUUUGCUGACAAACAAAACUUGGAUUUAGCCAAAAGGUUUGCCAUUAUUCGCGAUGACUUUCCGGUACUCUUAUUGUUCAACAACGGAAAUGUCGAAAAUGGUAUUCGUUAUAAUGGACACUACAUUGCAGAUGACAUCAAACGAUUUGUUAGAUAUCAUUCGGGUAUAAAAAUACCAUUAAAUAUGUGUUUAGAAGAGUUGGAUGUUUUUGCUGAACAAUUUAUGGAUCAGACUAUCACUAAUGAGAAUAGAUUAGAACUUUUGGAACAAACCAAACAACAAAUGAAACAAAUGACUAAUGAAGAACAUCACAAAUUGGCUCAGAUUUAUGUCCAGAUUAUGGAGAAAAUACUGCAAAAUGGAAAUGUCUUCAUACAGAAUGAGAUACAAAGGCUUAAUGGUAUUGUUUUGCAAAAAAUGACAAAUGAAAAGAGGGAUCAAAUUAAAGGAAAAAUUAAUAUUCUGUUCAGUUUUGUCACUACUGAACAACAAAGUCAACAAAAAAGUGAACUUUAAAUUAAGUCAUAUUUUUAAUACAAAAUAAAAAAAAAUAAUUUGAUAAUC